ACAGUCGUUUCUCGGGCUUCUUGCCGCAUGAAAAUUCUGUAUGGCCCACAAUCCAUAUCGUCAGUUUUCACAUGUAUUUCGCGAUCCAACACACUGCGUUGUAUUAUAAUACAAUGUUAUAUUUUUAUCGGAAUGCAGUUAACGAUGGACGACAUCGGCAAAACCCAUUUAAAGAUUAUUCUCCAGCGAUGGAUUGCGAUGAAAUCGAUACAACCAAAAAUGACCUUACUGAUGCAUUUAAAAAUACUCUAAUUGAUGUGUCAAAAGAAUUUUUAACACAUCUGGAAAGAAACAAAAGAGAAUGGUAUUCCCGUGAGGAUUCUUCAGUUUAUACUGGAACUGCUGGGAUUGCUCAAAUGUAUUAUCAAUUUGGAAGAAUUUCGAACAACUCAUCUUACUCAAAGAGAGCUCUGGAACUUAUUGAAAUAAGUCUGAGUGACAAAAGAGCUGACAGACACGUUUCUUUUCUCGUUGGUAGUGUUGGAUCUCUUGCAAUUGGUGCUAUAAUUCAACAUGAAUCUGGUAACGAAACCGAAUCUCAUAAAUUGAUAGCAAAAUUGUGCUCUUUUGCCAAUAACGCUCUGGCAGAUAAAUCGGAUGAAUUGCUGUAUGGAAAAAUUGGCUAUUUAUACGCCUUGCUGUUUGUGAAUUCCCGUAUUUCCUCGAAGCCAAUUGAUGAACAUCUCAUCAAACAGGUCAUCGACCGAGUUAUUAGAGAUGGGAAAGAAUAUUCCAAGUCACAUAAUCACGAGAGCCCUUUGAUGUACGAGUGGUACGAGAAACAAUAUCUUGGUGGUGCUCAUGGGCUUGCUGGAAUUUUAUACAUUUUACUACAAGCUCGUGAAUACUUGACUGAAACUCAAUUAGAGCAAGAUGUAAGACCUUCGAUAGAUUAUUUGGAAACGUUAAAAUAUCCUUCUGGCAAUUUUCCAUCAUCGCUGGGUAGCAGUUCUGAUAAAUUGGUGCAUUGGUGUCACGGUGCACCUUCAACGUCUAUGUUUUUCUUGGAAGCCCAUAAAGUUUUUGGAAAAGAAUCUUAUUUACAAACGGCCAUUGAGUGUGGGGAGGUUGUUUGGUCACGUGGUAUUCUCAAGAAGGGUUACGGCUUAUGUCACGGAGUGGCCGGGAACGCUUACACAUUUAUCUCCCUUUAUCAACACACCAAUGACUUGAAAUACCUCUACAGAGCAUGUAAAUUCGCACAGUUGUGUCGUGAAGCUAAAGACUACGACAGAGUUCCUGAUCGUCCAUUUUCGCUGUUCGAAGGUUUGGCAGGAGUGAUUUAUUUCCUCGUUGAUUUAUGCCAGCCAAAACUGGCAAAGUUCCCAGCUUACACACUGUGAAAAUUUCCACUUAAGAAAAUCCUCGAGCACUCGUAUUCGAGCUUUAGCGGUAUUUGUACUCCACGAGGUUUGAAACUUUUGUGAAGGAUUGAGAGGAACGACGUGAUCGCGUGUAAAGAAUAUUAAUUGGUAAACGAGCGAUAAAGAUAGCCGACAAAUUCCAAUCGACCUCGCGAACAAGUGUCAAUUUAACUUUUCCUCGACAAAAACCCGUGCUUAUAUAUUCUCAAACAACUCUUGAAAUUCUGUAAUAGCUUGACUUUUUUUGUGUACUUGAAAAGAAAAAUUACAAAAACGAAAUGGAAAAUUUA